GAUGCCAAACUGGCAGUAGAAAAAGAGGAGCAGCAACAGAAGGCGGACGGGCCCGGCGGAAUCAAUGCGGACUCGGCUUGGGUACGGGAGAUGAGGUGGGCCAAACAUCUUGAAGACAAAGAUCUGACAAUAUUGUAUGACAUUAACUUGGACCCACUGUCUAGGGCCGCACUAGAGAGGCUGCAUGAUACGGUAUCAAAGGACGAGCAGCAGCAGCUGACACAGCUUGCCAAGAGCUUUGACCGGGAGGUGGCGCGGUGCACGGAACGGCUGGAGCUUAUGCCGCACGAGACACUGCAGUGGCUGGCAAGCAUCGACCUGGGCAAGCCGGCCGGGCGGCGUCAAGGAGCACGCCAGCUCGAUGGACCGGCGCUGCGGCUGGGGCGGGAGGAGGCGGCGGCGAAGCACAGAGUGCGGUUUUCCGACGCGCAGUGGGGCCGGCUGGAGGCGGUCGCGCAGCUGCUGGAUGACGCUGCUAACGACGUUGUUAACGACGUCGGUGCUGCCGCCAACAUGGAGGAGGAGCACCACGACGACGACGACGACGACGACGACGACGACGACAACGAAGCCGAGAGGCAGGCGUGUGCGCUAGACCGGCUGGUCUUUCUUUUCUGUAUCGGCUCGCUUGAACAGAAGGUGGCGUUCGACGUAUACGUCAACCCGCUGCUUCAAAGUGAAGCGAGCAGUUCGUCGACGAGUUGA